GUAAUAGCAUCCAUUUCUCGCGUGAGUCUCUCAGAACCCCACCGGUAUUUCCUCCAAGUGAAUAUCCCUCCGGAUCCAAUAAAUAAUUGACAAGAAACAAUAAUAAAGAUGAGUGGAAUCGUGAGGAAUGCAUUGCGCGUCGUGGGAGUGAAAAAUCUCGUGUCGUCAACAUCAUCUGCCCGAGUUAUCACGCCCCAGCUAUCCCGCUGCCUCUGGCACAUGUCUAACCGGUCCCAGAGUGAGAAUUCACAGAGUUCAGGGGUAAAACUGCUGAAGCCCUUCGAGACAUGCAGCUGUGGCUGCGGAAGAGCCCAACACACGAAAGCUGAGAAGGAGCUGGUGGAAUUCUUGGCUGAGGAAAUCGUCGCUGAGAAGAAGGCUCAGAAGCUGAAGACCAUUCCUACACAGGUUGAUGGGUUCUCAGUGUCUCUUGAUGGGGCUAAUGUUACUUUGGUGAAGAAACAGGCAGAUGAAACAAUCACAAUUGGAUUCAACGUCAACCACACAGUGGACAGCGACAACGAGCCAGAGAUUGAUCCGAACGACGACAAACCAGAUCUUGGGGAGAUGAAGAGCAAACCAAAUUUCUCCAUUGACAUUGAGAGGGGAAAGCAGACCCUCGGGUUUUCAUGCUCAUUCAAUAAUGAGCCAGGAGCGUCAGGAGCUGAUGAGAGUUACAAUGACUGCUUUGGAAUCGACGAAAUCACUCUCUACGAAGGUGAACACAGUGACAAAGUCUAUGCAGUAGCUGGUGAAGUAAUCGAUGGGUACUUGUACGACCUUCUCAUGAACUACCUCGAGGAGAAGGGUAUUUCAAACGAAUUCGCUGAGAAAUUGGUCGAUUUGAGCACGAAUUACGAACACAGUGCGUACAUUAGUUUACUAGAAGGUCUCUCCAAGUUCACCUCUGGAAAGUAAAUCUACACUCUUUAUAUUCCAUGAAAUGUUCCAAGUAACUGUUUAUUAUCUGUAAAAUAUAUACUGAAAAUAAAGGAAAAUAAAUUGAUGGA